UAGAUCUUUCCGAGAGCAGGACGUGCAACAUGGCCGACGUGACAGCGGUGGACGGAGAUAAACUCAGCAAAAAGUCUGCCUGCUGACUUGUGUCAGUUCAGCAUGCUGUGUCUGGUCAGAGCAGCCAGGCAGCAGCUGUGCCAAGCCUUUGUGGUCAGGGGGCAGUGGUUAAAAUGUGCAUCCCCAUGUACAGCUGCAGGCCCAGCUCAAAUUUAUGGGAACCGGUGGAGAGGUGACAAAAGUGAGCUGAAGAGGCGAAUGAAAGCUGAGAAGAAGGCAGCAGAGAAAGAGGCAAAGGUCAAAGAGCAGGUGGAACAAAAGAAAGAAUCCAAUGACAAGGCAGCGCUCGGCGCCUGUGGGUUGGACGACGAGACUCUCGACCCAAAUCAAUACUUCAAGAUCCGCUCCCAAGCCAUCCAGGAACUGAAGGGCACAGCAGAGGAUCCGUACCCACACAAGUACCAUGUAGACCUGUCUCUCACGGAGUUCAUUGAAAAGUACAAUCAUCUACAGCCUGGGGACCAGCUGACAGAUGUUGUUCUUUGUGUGUCAGGUCGUGUCCAUGCCAAGAGGGAGUCUGGUGCCAAGCUGAUCUUCUAUGACCUGCGAGGUGAAGGCGUCAAGUUGCAAGUAAUGGCAAACUCAAGGAACUACAAGUCUGAAGAUGCCUUUGCGGCCAUCAACGACAAACUACGCCGCGGCGACAUCAUUGGUGUCCGUGGAAACCCGGGGAAAACUAAGAAAGGGGAGUUGAGCAUCAUUCCCAUUGAGAUGACCCUGCUGUCUCCCUGUUUGCACAUGCUGCCCCAUCUCCACUUUGGCCUAAAAGACAAGGAAACAAGAUUCCGUCAGCGAUACUUAGAUCUGAUUCUCAACGACUAUGUGAGGCAGAAGUUUGUCACCCGCGCCAAGAUCAUCACAUACCUGCGUAACUUCCUGGAUCAGAUGGGAUUUUUGGAGAUUGAGACUCCAAUGAUGAACAUUAUUCCCGGCGGUGCAGUGGCUCGUCCGUUUGUUACUUACCACAAUGAGCUGGAUAUGAACCUGUACAUGAGGAUCGCACCUGAGCUUUACCACAAGAUGCUCGUCGUUGGCGGAAUAGACCGCGUGUAUGAGAUCGGACGUCAGUUCAGGAACGAAGGCAUCGAUCUCACUCAUAAUCCCGAGUUCACCACCUGUGAAUUCUACAUGGCAUACGCAGAUUACCACGACUUGAUUGAAAUCACAGAGAAACUUCUCUCAGGGAUGGUGAAACACAUCACUGGAGGAUACAAGGUGACGUAUCACCCUGACGGUCCAGAGGGUCAGGCCUAUGAGAUUGACUUCACCCCACCGUUCAGAAGAGUGAGCAUGACACACGACCUGGAGAAGAUCAUGGGAGUGAAGUUCCCUCCAGCAGACAGCUACGACAGUGACGAGACGCGGAAAUUCUUUGACGAACUGUGCGCACAGAAGGGAGUUGAAUGUCCUGCACCCAGAACCACCGCCCGCCUCCUUGACAAGUUGGUUGGAGAUUUCCUCGAGGUCACCUGCAUCAACCCGACAUUCAUCUGUGAUCACCCUCAGAUCAUGAGUCCCUUAGCAAAAUGGCACAGAUCAGAGAAAGGCCUGACGGAGCGCUUUGAGCUCUUUGUCAUGAAGAAGGAAAUCUGCAAUUCUUACACUGAGUUGAAUGAUCCAGUCAGACAGCGGGAGCUUUUUGAGCAACAAUCCAAGGCCAAAGCUGAGGGUGACGAUGAAGCCAUGUUCAUUGAUGAAACCUUCUGCACUGCACUGGAGUACGGUCUGCCUCCCACCGCUGGCUGGGGAAUGGGCAUCGACCGUCUCACCAUGUUCCUGACCGACUCCAACAACAUCAAGGAGGUGUUGCUGUUUCCAGCCAUGAAGCCUGACGACAAUAAGACGUCUGUGCCCACGGAGGGAACCUCGGUGUGAUGACCUGACCUCUGACCUCAGGCUAACAGACGUGUGCAGGAGAAGGAUCUUUUACCUCGCUGUGGUUAUCGGUGGGAUGUGUGUGUUUUUUAUCACAGUUAGUCUGUCAAAGGUUAAAUCUUGGUCCUGCUGUGUCACUCACGGGUUUUAAUUCUGGUUUUCUUGCAUCCUCGCUGCUUCCUCUUCAAACUGUCAGUCAGAAGCUAAAUGGAUGGCGUGUGAUCUUAUGAUUGGUUGUCAUGUGCAGACCUGGAGGAAAUAUUUCUGAUUAUACUCUGACAUUCUUGAAAAGGGUGCUUGAUUAUGUAAACCAACCAAAUACAGAUAAGAUUGAUGACUUUAUAACAAAGCUGAAGUUUUCACACUCUGUCCGUCCAGGUCUGCUCCAAUUCCUCUGCCAAGAAGUCUAAUCAUGGUUAACUUGGAAUAAAGGGCACAUUAAUCUACAUUA